AUCGCAGCACUCAAAACGGCUGUGAUCAGUUUAAAUGGUUUACAAGGUUUAAUGUCACAAGAAAUCCCCAUGAAAUCUACAGAAGUAGUCCGAGAACAUUCUUCAAGUAGUUGUGGUACCACUGCAUGUGAAGUCACAACCGCCGAUCUAAUCCAACCAAACGAACCUCAAUCUCAACGUAAACUCUUAGACGAAUCAUCUACCUCACUUGCACAACGAUGUGUUUUGAAAACUCAAUCGGGUAAUCCUAUCACAUUUAAAGAAAUCAUUGGUAGAUCUCAUCGUACGAUUGUGAUCUUUAUUCGAUUCUUUUGGUGUGCACUUUGUCAAACUUAUGUUAAGGAGAUGUCUCAAAGGUUUUCAAAACGGACAGAAGCUUUUCGAAAAUUAAAAGAUAGUGGUACUCGAAUCGUUUUGAUUGGUACAGGUGAUUGGAGAAUGAUUGCUUCUUAUCGUGAAAUGCUUGAUUGUCCAUUUGAGAUUUAUUCUGAUUCGAGUUCAAAUAAAUUACUUUUUAAACAAUUCGGACUUGAACGGACUAUGAAAGGAGGUAAGAAUAGUGAAAAAGGUGAUUAUUUACGAGAAGUGAACACCAGAAAAGUGGUGACCCAAUCUAUCUUGAAUAUUAAUAAGAUGCCAUUUAGGAAUCCAGGUUCAUUUACUCAACUUGGUGGAGAGUUUUGUUUUGAAUCUAACUUGAAAGUUGAUACGCCUAGUAUCAUUCCGUCUCCUUUAAUCCGUAUCAAAAAUAAAAGAUUUAGUCAUUUGAGCCUCAGACCUGCCGUCUCGGUCUUUAAACCUAAAAUUAAGAUUGAGGAUAAGAUAGUGACUGAUAAACAUUAUCAAAAGACUCAUGUGGUUACUGAUCCUUCUGUUAAAUGCGUUUAUGCUAAUCGGAUGACGAAUUCAAGAGAUCAUGGUACUUUUAAACAAUUGUUUGAUAGUAUUGGACUUAAAAUAUUGGAUUGAUUGAGGUUUCUUUUCCAGUUAUGGAUUGGUUUUUUCUUUAAAUCAUUCAACAGAAACCCAUUUUUUGCUUUUUUUUCUUCUCACUUUUAUUUAUCUGCAUUUUUUUUUGACUUAACUUUACUCAACUCAAGCAUUUCCUUAUCACUUUUUUCAACCUACUCUUCAUUAUUUUCUUUUUGCUUCUUCUUCUUCUUGUUGUUGUUGUUUUACUACAAUCUAAUUUAAUAUCUUUCUUGUAGCCUCUCAAAGUAUGAGUAUUUUGUAUUUUUGAAAAGAUGGACAGAGAUUUUUGUAGUGAAUUUUUUUGUUAGGAAACCGGUUUUAAUCAACUUGCUUUUUCUUUCAACAAUCUGUAUACUAUUGCAAUUCUAUUCUAUUGCAAAACAAA